AUGGUAAAUAUCCCAGUAUCUCGAAUUGGAGCUCCUGCAGCAUUUUUAACUACCGAGAAUGAAUGGGUGUUAGGAAAAGUUACCGCAUAUGAUGCCUCAAGUGAUACUUACUCCCUCUCUGCAACUGAACCAGAAUUUGUAACUGUAGAUAACUUAUCACAGAAUUCCAAGAGAUUAUGGUUACCACAAGCUGAGGCUGUAAACGAAGAUGUUGAUGAUCUUCUUAACCUUACAGAGCUUCAUGAAGCUUCUUUACUUUUUUGUCUAAAAAAGCGUUAUUUAAGAGAUGUUGUGUAUACAAAUAUUGGUCCUAUCGUUAUCGCUUUAAAUCCGUUUAAUUAUUCUAUUCCUUGGUAUGCAGAGUCAAAAAUGGAUGCUUACCUUGAAGAAGAAAAUGUUAUUGAGAAAAAUUUACCACAUUUAUGGUCAAUGGCUCAUAAUACUUAUUGGGAGAUGAUAGAAAGUUCCCAAAAUCAGACAAUUUUAAUAAGUGGUGAUAGUGGUGCAGGAAAGACUGAAGCGGCUAAAAUUGUUCUCAAAUAUUUAGGUGCAUUAAGUACAAAAAUUGGUGUUUUUGAAGAUCGAGAAGGAUUUGUUCAAGUAAAUAAAAGUGUAUUAGCUGCCUCACCAAUUCUAGAAAGUUUUGGAAACGCUAAAACUGUACGAAAUGAUAAUAGUUCUCGUUUUGGAAAAUUCUCUAAAGUUCAAUUUAAUGCAAACGGAAUAUUAGUAGGUUGUCAUAUAACGAAGUAUUUAUUAGAGAAAUCUAGAAUUAUAGUUGCUGCAGCAGGGGAACGUGUAUAUCAUUCUUAUUAUCAACUUUCAAAAGGACCUUUAGCGAAAGAAUUUUCUUUAAGAAAUCCAAAGGUUUAUCGUGUUUUAAAUGCUGGAGGAUGUAUUAAUGUUGAUGGUAUAGAUGAUGCAGUAGAGUAUAUGUCAACAAAAAGAGCUAUGGAUGAUGUUGGUAUAACAAAUGAAGAACAACUUUCUAUUUGGCAAAUUGUUGCAGGAGGACUUUUCCUUCAAAAUACAGAUUUUGUUGAAUCUGAAGAACGUUCUGGACGUGUUGCAAAAUUAGAUUCUAAUCUUUUACCAGUUUUAGGUCGUGUUUGUGAACUUUGGGGUAUUAAUGAAGAAGAAUUUAAAAAAGAAUUAGUUUCUACUUCUAUUAUUACUCAAAAAGAACGAAUGAUAAAACCUUUAAAUAAGGUUAAAGCAUUAGAUAUAAGAGAUUCUGUUUGUAAAGCAAUGUAUGAUUGGUUAUUUGAUUGGCUUGUAUUUAAAAUAAAUGAAACUACUAAUCGUGACUCUAUAACAAGUUAUUGGAUAGGUUUACUAGAUAUAUUUGGAUUUGAAAAUUUUCAGAAAAACAGUUUUGAACAGUUAUGUAUUAAUUUAACUAAUGAAGUUUUACAAGGUCAUUACAAUCAACAUACUUUUGUAUUAGACAUGCGAGAUUGUCAUAAUGAAGGUAUUGAUACCACAAGAGUUUCAUUUGUUGAUAACAAGGAUUGUAUUGAUUUAUUAAUGGGAAAAAUUGGUAUAUUUACUCUUUUAGAUGAAGAAUGUGCAGUAAGUGGAAAUGAAAGAAACUACUUACAUAAACUUAUUGAAAAAUUUGGACCAAAUAAAUCAAAAGGAGGAAGUGCAUAUUUUUUACAAGCUAGUGGACGAUUUGUGGAUAAUCAUUUUAUUAUUAAACAUUAUGCUGCAGAUGUUCAGUAUUGUGUUGAUGGUUUUUUAGAUAAAAAUCGUGAUACAUUAAAAGAUACAAUGAGAGAGAUUUUAAUGCGAUCUAAAUUGUCAUUGAUAACAAAAAUAGUUCAACAUGGUGAAAAUAAAUCAUCAUCUAAAGGAACGGUUGGUGGUCACUUUAUUAAACAAUUAAUAGAUUUAAUGUCUGUUAUUAAUACUACAAAUCCACAUUGGAUACGUUGUAUAAAACCUAAUGCCAAUAGACAUCCCAGAGAAUUUUCUAACACUUUAGUAAUGCAACAAUUACGUUCUGCUGGAGUUCUUGAAACUAUAACUAUACGAAAAGCAGGAUAUCCUAUACGUUUUAAAUAUAGUGAAAUAUUAAAACGUUAUCGUGUAUUAUAUACUGGUAAUAUUAUGCAAGAUAAAGAAGCUUGUCAAGAAAUUCUUCAGAGUUGUCAUAUUGAUAGUAUACAAGCUCAACUAGGAAAGACUAAAGUUUUUAUGAAACAUGAAGCUUUCCUUAUCCUUAAUAGAGCCAGAGAACAAGCAAUUAUUAAAUUUCUUUUUGUUAUUCAAAGAAUUGGUCGAGGAAGUAUUGGACGUGGAGAACUUUUUACAAAGUUCCUGGUGUUGCAUCGACAGAGAAUAUUAGAAGAAAGGAGAAUUCGUGAAGAAGAACUGAAGAGACAGCGAGAACUUGAGGAAAAAAAGAGAAUAGCAGAAGAGGCUGAACGUGUACGUAGGGAGAUUCUUAUGAAAGAACGACAGAAUAAAGCAGCUUUAACUAUUCAAAAAUUGAUUCGUGGAGUUCUUUGUAGAAAAAGAUUUCUUAUGAUGUAUCUUUCCAUUUUACGUGCAAGAGAAGAGCAUACUCGUGAUAAUGAUUUACAAAAGUAUCGUAUGAAUGAAAUUAAUAUAAAUAAAAAAAUGCGUUUACUUGAAUCUCGAAUUAAUGAACAAAAAGAGUUUAAAGGAUCUCUAACCAGUACUAAACGACGUGAUUUGAUUAACGAAAGAAGAGAACAUACUAUGCAACUUUUAACAGAGACACGUAUGCUUAAUAAAAUUAACCAAGAAAAAGAGAUUGCCCAAGAAAUGGAAAGACAAGUUAAAGAAGCUGCAAGGAGAAAACGAGACUCUAAAGAAGUAUGGAAGUGUAAGGUGAAAGAAGACGAACAACCAGAGCAAAUAUUUCACAAUGUGAUUGAGAUAUUACAAGGGGAUGAACAAAAACGUUUCUUUAGUGAAAUGAUGACACGACUUAAUAAGAUGGAUAUGGAGAAUGAGUCUAGAGUGAAUACUAGUUAUACAGUUCCGAAAAGGGACAAUGAUGAAGAUUCUUCAUUUAAUAAGUCUAAACAGCACUGGGAAGAAAAAGAACGAUGGAUGGAUGAACGAGAAGGAUUACUUGGUCCAUUUCAUGAACCUCAUGCUUUACCUCUAAGAAGACAGCAACGUAGACUUGAAGAAGAAUAUCGUAUUCAGACAAUGUCAAAAGUCUUAUGGCAGUCGGAUGCUAAAAUGGCAGCUCUUUCAUUUAGACAAGAACGAGAUCUUCAGAAGGAGAAGAAGGGCAAUAAUUCAUACUUUGGCUUAAAAUAA